AUGUCUUGCCAUGGUUCAUCCGAUAAUCGUCGUCUUUCUUUCGGACAUCGAUUUUCUGGUUGCACUACUAUUGGUUCAACUGCAACUAUGUUUCAGUAUAAUUGUUCAGAAUCAGUUGAUAAAACACUUAGUCAAAUGUUAAUGGAAUUAAAAAAUAAUACUUUAGACUAUAACCAAAUAGAACAGAUUACAUUGAACGCUUUGUAUCCUUAUAUACUUCGUGUUACAUUAGAUUCUGUUAUUUAUGGACUUACCAGUUUAAAAAUAUUAUAUUUUUCACAGUGUUAUAUUAAAAAAAUUGAACUACAUAAAACAAAAACGUUACAACUAACAUCAGUAGAAUUUCAUUCAACUAUAAUUGAAACAAGUACAUUAAAACAAUUUUAUUUCGCGUUAAAAAAUAAUUCUUUAGACACAUUAAUUAUCACUGAUUCUGAUGUAUUUUCUAAUGCACGAUAUCUUUUAUUAAAAUUUCCACAAUACAACGGUAUGAAUAGAAAACUACCUAGCAAUCUUCGAAUAUUUGUUGAUAUUCGACGAUACAUGAUUGAUUAUUGUUUAUAUCAUAUAGUACUUAAUAUAUUAUCCGCAAACACACCAUAUAAUGUAGAAUGGAACUUUUUUUUAGAUAUAUCAGUAAAAUUACCAUGUGAUUACUGUGAAAUAAAACAGAUUCAUCAACGUUGUUUUAAAGAAAUUAGUUUAGGUUAUUGCAUCAUUCAAGCAUGUUACGAUAAGAGAACUGACACGUUUAAAAAUGUAACGAAACAAUUAGCUGAUGAGACAGCAUCGGAGUCUGCAUGCAUUAAAAAAGAUCUAAGUUGUUUUAACGUUCGUCCAGACAUAACCACAAUAACGGAUCAAGCUACAGAUUAUGAUCAAUCGAGUUCAACUUCUUCAUUAAAACCAGUUAAACAAAAAUUACGCAAAAUCAUGAAUAAAACAGAUCUUUUGAUGAGUAUCAUCGGUGCUGUGGCAGCCGUAGCAACAUUAGGAGGCACAGCGUUUGCUAUUUAUUCUAAAGCAAAAAAAAGGCGAGCACAACAACAACAACAACAGCAAACAACCACAGAAGAAUUGAUCAAUGAAUUGAGUAAAGGCGACGAAGAAAAGAGAAAAAGUCAUUCGACUAGCUCAUCAACCGAUUCAUUUGUAGAUUUUAAUUAA